CGUCUGAGCGGGAAGAGUCCUAAAAAGGACCGCUGACGGUGACUGUAGUUUCCACAAUGAGAUAUCUUGAGAGUAAUCUUGACACUGAAGAUUACUUCCGUCUCAGGAAUAGAUGAAAUGUUACAAAAGAGCCAUUUCCAGCUCCCUGCAUGUCCCAAUUGUUUCUGGCUGUUUCCUUGGUUUGAUUUGUUUCGUUUUUAGGUUCCUUCAUGGAAACGCAAUCAAACAUAUUGAUGGUAACGCCUUUCGUGACCUUCGUAACCUUCAAAGAUUGACACUCUUUGACAAUCCUCUACAAUUUCUACCGGUAAAGAUAUUUGACGAAAUGGCAUCUAAUAUUACCUUGGCUAUAUCAUGUAAGAACCUCCAGGAGAUUCCUCCAGGGAUAUACACUGCUUUUAUGAAGUGUGCUCCGUCGGCGUCUUUCCAUAUACGCCUGUACGAUCAGCAAGCUGAUUAUCCAGAUAGUCUUCUUAAUUCAGGCUUCAUAUGUACUAAAUGCGGAUCCAUUCCCAAACCUCACGAUAAAUGUUCUGACUGCAGCUUUUGCAUGCCUGGUACCUAUAGCAACCGAAAAGCUUCUUGUUUGAAAUGUCCAGCAGGAGGCUUUUAUCAGGAUGAAAUGGGGCAAGUUGACUGGAAGAAUUGCAGCACGGGCACUUACGUUCCAGAGACGGAUCAUCCUGGAAGAAGCGCAGCCGACUGCCGUGCAUGCCCGUAUGGUACCCGAUCUAACGAGACCGCUGGCUAUCGUGCAUGCAGUUGUCUUCAUAAUUUCUACCGCCUGGAUCGUUUUGGGCCGUGCACGUCCUGCCCAGAUUAUGGCCUUACCUGUAAAAACGAUACAGCAAUACUGGCACCAGAUUAUUUCUGGAAGUGGAGCAACAAAACGACGAUGGACAAUUACACGAAAUUCGUUGUAAAUAUUCACACUAUUGGACCCGAAUACAAUAAAAAUUUCUCGAUAUUUCAUGGCCCAUUGCCCAAGCCGCUGAAAUGCCCCUAUCCAGGGUCCUGCAACGGUGGAAUUGGCUCAGCGUGUGAGGUCGGAUACCAAGGUACCUUAUGUGCAACUUGUACUUACAAUCACUUCUUCCGAUUUAACAGAUGUCUGGAAUGUCCAAGCAUGAUUGCUACAGUCAGUUCAUGUGUUGCAGUGAUUGUGUUCUUCGCUUUGCUGUUUGUAAUGAUUCUCUGGGGAGACUCCAAACGCACAAGAAGCAAUAAUACUCGUACUGUGGCAGAUGUCAUCAUGUCCUGCUGCAAGAUCGUGAUUGGAUUUUAUCAAGUUGUUGCUGGCAUUUUCUCGGCUUUGGUUGGGGUCCACUGGCCUGUAAUCCUCAUCUCCAUGGAAAAAUGGUUGAAGUUUGUUGAAGGAAACAUUUUGCAGUUUGCACCACUGAGCUGCAUUAAUCCUUUCCUUCGACUGAACCCAUUCAUACAGUUUAUUUUAGCCAUUUUUAUUAAUGCCUUGGUCGUUUCCCUGAUAAUGCUCUAUCUCGUUCUGAAAAAGCGACACAUCAACAAACUGGAGAUUUCUGUCUCCGAAGAAUCCUCCCAAGAAUCCUCGGAAGAAUUCUCCGAAGACUCCGAAAAAAAGAAGAAAAUCUCAAGGUUGAAGAAGUCGUGCUAUCGAAAUAUUUUGUUUUUUCUCCUUAUGUCAUACCCAGUCACAAGUAAGAAGAUUAUUGACAUUCUGCCCUUGCCUGGAAAUUGUGUGAACGUUUGCUUCGACAAAGAUGGAAGCGAAUGUAUUUCUCUUCUGAAGGCUGAUUACUCCAUCCAGUGUUUUACCACUCUACACGAUAACUUCUGGCUCAUUGCAGCUGUCUUUGCCCUAUAUCCUGCUGUCUUUCCGUUGUUGCUACUGUUUCCCAUUUACAAGUACCAUAAGUGUGAUCCUGAGAGAGACGAAAUGGCUUUUGGUUUCAGAGUGUUUUUCGAAAAUUAUGAAGAGGGCCGGUGGUUUUGGGAGAUUGUGGAGAUGUACCGAAAGCUUGUGUUAAUCGCAUGUAUCCCUCUGUUUGAGUCCGACAGCCUUUCCCGGAUUGGUUUUACCUUGAUCACAGCCGGUUGUUCUGGAAUUGCGUUCACCAUCUUUCGACCAAUGAAAGGAAAAUUUGAAGAUCGACUCCAAACGUUCGCGCUUUGGACAAUAUUCUUCAACGUAUGCUUCGGCGCAAUCUAUUCACAACCUGACGUCAGCAGGAAUCAAGGAGAAAACAACUCUAUGUUUAUCAAUCUAGUCUUUGUUUUUCUCAAUGGUGCCGUGUUAAUAUGGUCCGUAGCAGAGGGAUUGCUUUAUCUGAGGGCAAACUGGUCCGCACUAUGUUCCUGCCCAGUGCGAUGUUUCCACCUAAUCUGUCGCAGAUGUCUUGAAGAUCGUCACAGAGGAAACACUUACUAUCUUCUUCCACCAGAAGACGAGGAACUGAUCGUUAUGGACUAGAGCUAUGUGUAGAAGCCUUUAUAAUGGCCGUUUGCAUAACUCUUCAUAAUAUUGAAAUGUAGGCUUUUGUUUUGUUUUGUUGUUUUUGUUUGUUGACAGGCUAGCUAAACGUUGCACCUAAAAGGAUAUAGAUCGUUUUCACGUGGCGUCAUCACUUUCUAAAAUCCAAAACUAAAGAGCCACCAAAGUUUUUAUCCUCA